CAUUUGAUCUUUAUUGGUAUUGAACUGAAAUUAUGUAAGACCUCUCACGAAAUAUGAAAGGAACAAAUAAAGGAAAGCACAUGAUCUAUUCUAUGUUAACAAGGCAACGGCAUUAUAUAUCUUCUAAAACUUCUGAACAUAAACUUGUGAGAUUUUGAGUGUACAGAAGCUAUUUUUUCCACUCUGGUCUCUGAUUUCCUGAGGCAAAUCAGUACACAUGUGUACAAAAAUACCACCAUACAGCAGGAACAUGAAACCGAAGCUUGGUAUUUUCGCAGAAAAUUGUCUUCCAUUAAAUUUUCCCUUGCCUCGGAAUUAUUCUCUUUGCCUCCAGCUAAGUGGAAUAUUUUUUACCAAGCGGUUCAUCUGCUCAGGAAUGAAAUCUGAGACAAACCACAAUGUCCUCAGUGACCUUAAUGUAAUUGAUUUUAUCAUAAAUCACCAAGUUGAUGAAGAAACAAAGUUUUCAUUGAAGUAAAUUGAUAUUAAUGGACUUUUUUUGUAGGAAAUUUAAACUACCUUUGUUAAAGCUGUGUGUGAAUCUGCUUUUUUUGUUUCUGCUGAGGACUUUACAGCCUGCUGUAAAUAUUUCCAGCGAAUAAAUGUACAUUCAGACAUCGUUUUAUGCUUUAUAAGGAUACAGUUCAGUUUUCUGCGUUAUCCACUUAUUUCAAUGAUGAUGUGUAACGAGUGUGGUGACUAGUAAGGCUUCAAUAAUGAUCUCCUAAUAAUGAGACGCCAGAAAUUUAAAGUCAAUACUUGUCGCUUCUAUGAGAUCCAAAAUAGUCAGGGCUGUGACCUAUGGUUUUAGAGACCUUACAAAGAGUCGACAUCACAAUAAGAACAUAGAUACCCUGUUAAACAUUAACAGCCACAAAGUCUUCUGGUCUGGUUAAAAAUUAACCUCCAAAUACAGAAGCAAGAGAAAGAUCUUAAAGAAAUGUCUGCCACAAAAUCAGAGCACUUCAAAUUACUAUUAACUCCAUAUAUGGUAAUUACAAAACUUUUCCCAUAAAGUUUAGAGGCUGACAGAAGGAAAUAUAAGUUCCAAAGAUAGUGAAAAUGUAAAGAUUCCAAAACUUGACUCUUGUUCACUUUGCUGAGACUCUUGGACCCUGAUUUGAAGCCCACCCUAUUCUGGAGGACACCAUAAACAUUAUUGGUCUUUAAUGAUGGCAGAUCUCUGGUGGAAGUGAGUGGGAUACAGCCAGGAACUGCUCUUGGCUAGGUUCAUAUGGAGCGUGGGUGUGAGCCAACCCACCUCCCUUUAGACCCUCCAGCAAAGUGCAGAGUCAGGUUAUCACAGAGGACUCCAAGCUUCCAGAAGAUGCAGAGCUUUGAAGAAUAGACCCUUAAAAGAGGCUGGAAUUUUAUCUACUUUCCUGUCCUCCUCAAUCAAAUUCCUUGGUUCAGUUCAGUGGACUCAGGCUUUAACCCACCUCAAGACAUUGUCCUGGCCCUGGAGAUGAAUGCAGACAGGCAAAAUCGAAGCCAAAGGGAGACAACACCCACAAAAUUUCUGGCACCCUGAUCCUUCAACGAUCUUUCUUUUUAUCUGGUCAUCGUUGGGGCGAUCAGAGCCAUCCACGUGAUCAAUGUGUCGCUCUGCCACCAAUCUCAUAUCACCAGCAAUGAGUCCUCUGCAGGAGAGGUGACCUUUGUGGGAGGUUGGGUGAGGCCCUACAUGCAACUGCAAGCACUAAAGUGUCUGUAAGCUCAUCCACUGAAGGCACCUUCUCCUGUCUACUAGUAUUAAAGUUUGAUAUUUAUUGGACACGACUAUUAAUCUGGUUGCCUUCAGCAAACACAAAGGAUAUUCGUGCCAGGUGACUGCGGGGUGCCAAUGUUAUUCUGUAAGGGUGGGGACACCCUCCGAGUAGGUGACAACACGUUUUGGGGAUCCAGGAGAUGCAGAAAGCAUCCUACUAUGACAACCCCACUCUCUUUGGAGGCUACUCCUACCAGGCAGGCGGUCUGGGUUAUGAAGGGCCACAGCAGUCUUUUGCGACUUCUUCUCACCUUGACAACGAUUUCCAGCGUUCAUCUUGCUCCUUGCAAUCCCUGGGACACAAUGGUCCAUUGGCUAAACCUAAAAACAUAAACGGAAGCUGCAUGCGGCCCAGCCUGGCGCCUGAACACCACCAGGCCUCUUCUCUCUCCCCCCAACCGAAUCCCACCGCAGCCCCCAGUAGUAGCAGCAGCGCCCAGUCUGGAGCAAAGUCCUCAUCAGUAAAAACACAGGUUCCUUCCAACACAACCAGCAAACAGAUCUUCCCAUGGAUGAAGGAGUCCAGGCAAAACUCCAAACAGAAAUCCAGCCCCCCUGCCGCAGCGGCAGAGAGCUGCAGUGGUGACAGGAGCCCCCCGGGUUCCUCUGCCUCCAAGAGAGCACGCACAGCCUACACCAGUGCACAGCUUGUGGAGUUGGAGAAGGAGUUUCACUUUAACCGCUACUUGUGCAGACCCAGGAGGGUGGAAAUGGCAAAUUUGCUCAAUCUCAGUGAGAGGCAAAUCAAGAUCUGGUUCCAGAAUCGCAGAAUGAAGUAUAAGAAGGAUCAAAAGGUAAAAGGGAUGUCAUCAUCCUCAGGAGGACCUUCUCCAACUAGCACUCCACCUCUGAGCAUGCAAUCCUCUGCAGGCUACCUUGGCUCCAUGCACUCAAUGACUGCAAACUAUGAGGCACCUUCCCCACCUCCCUUUAAUAACAAACCCCACCAAAAUGCCUACUACCAGACCCCAGCAAAAGGUUGUCCUUCCCAACAGAAGUAUGGAAACACGGCCCCAGAGUAUGACCACCAUGGCUUACGAGGGAAUGGAGCCAACUAUGUCUCUCCUAGUAUGCAAGGGAGCCCAGUGUAUGUUGGGGGGAACUAUGUGGAUUCCGUGCCAGCACAAGGCCCUUCUAUGUAUGGUCUUAACCACCUUGCACACCAGCCCAAUAACAUGGACUAUAAUGGUGCCCCUUCCCUGCCAACCAGCCAGCAUCAUGCACCUUGUGAACCCCACCCAACUUAUACAGAGCUCUCAUCGCAUCAACAGGGAAGGAUCCAGGAAGCCCCCAAACUGACCCAUUUGUGAUUCAAUGAGGAAAUAUUUUGACUAUAGGGGGCGCUGAGCGAAGACACGGCCUAAGAAUCAACAAGAAGCAUUUGUGUUGAUCUGUUAUUGUAAUAUAUUUUAUUUUUUACAUUUUAUUUUAUUUUUUACAUUUUGGAUGUUACAGGAUUCUAAUGUGUACUGUAAUGUAACUACAAUAUAAUCAAUACAAGUGCUUCUGAAGGCUGUGUUGUUGCCUGCUGGGGAAUAAUGUAUUGUUAGUAUUAUGUUGUAUGGAAUAAUAUUGGUCGACAUCAUUGGCAUUUGUUAUUCCUAUCCACUUGUAGCCCUCUAGCAAGUAGUAUAAGAAAUAUUUUUUUCAAAACCCACUUGGUCAGCAAUAGGCUUGGACAUAUAGUAGAUCUGAAAGAUCCUGGAUCAUUUAGUUUGUAUACUCCAUGUAUGCCCAUAGCUGAUCACAUGUUUAUUGUUCUGUAAGAUCAAGUAACAGGAGGAAUAUCCCUUUGUCGUGGUAGGAACCUAGGCCUUAAGAUCAAAAGAACAAUGUGCUAUCUAGAUCAUUGAUUUUU